AUGGCGUCCGAGGCGGCGGACCGUACCAUCGACGAGCUCCUCGAGCGUUACCUCGGCCUCCUCGACCAGCACGCCACGCUGCGCGCCUCUCUCGCCGCCGCCCAGCAAGACACGCUGCACUCUCUGGCACGCGCCAACUUUUCCGCCCCCCGCGGGGCGCGCUACGGGCCGGACCAGUACGACGCUCGCAUGCAGGCGUCGCGGCGGGUCGUCAUUGCCGUGGAGGACAAGUCGGCGCCGCCUACAUUUACGGUGACGGAGGAGGAUAAUGAUGCGGUUGUUGGGUCGACGAGAGAAGGACGUGGAGGAGAGGAGGGAGCUGGGAAAGACGCGGCGGCUGCGAGGGACGACCCGAUUCGGUGGUUUGGCGUGCUGGUGCCGCAGGCGCUGCGCGACGCGCAGAGCCAUGCGAGGAGGGCGGUGCAGGACGUGAUACCGCGGCUGGCGAGCGUGCAGGCGGAAAUGGCGCACGUGGAGAUUGAGGUGCGCAGGGCGCGCAAGAGGCGCGCAAAGGCGAGCGGCGGCGGCGGUCAGAAGCAAGACGUUGUCGGGAGCACGGCGCAGACGGUUUCCGCCUCGUCAUGA